AUGAGCAACUUUGAAAUUGAUAAUAAUUGCACUCUUUAUAUAUGUACGGAUAAUUGUGAGGUCCCAACGAAUAAUGAGAUUCAGAAAAAGUUAGAGAGUCAAAAUGUGGAUAAGAAAAUUGAAGGAAUGGAGAAUUUGAUAUUUAAUAUAAUUCAAGGAGUAUCAUAUGAGAAUUUAUUAAUGUGUGUUAUUAGAUAUAUAGUUCCUCAUAAAGAUCAUAGAUUAAAAAAGAUGUGUCAUAUAUUUUUUGAAAUUGUUGAUAAAUGUAAUUCAGAUGGUAGUUUAAAAGAAGAAAUGAUACUAGUAUGUAAUGCCUUAAGAAAUGAUAUAAUAUCUCCGAAUGAAUAUGUAAGAGGUUCUACUUUAAGGUUAUUAAGUAAAAUAAAAUAUUUAAAAAUUUUAGAUCCAUUAAUGGAAACGAUUACAAAAAAUUUAGGCCAUAGACAUAGUUAUGUUAGAAAAAAUGCAAUAACAUGUAUACAUACAAUUAUAAAACAUCAUGGAGUAGAUAUUAUUCCAAACGCUGUUAAAGAGGUUGAAAAAAUAUUAUUCUUAGAAGGUGAUAUAUCCACAAAACGUAGUGCAUUGGCCAUGUUAACAGAUAUCGAUCCUUUAACAACACUAAAAUAUAUCCUAUCCUUGAAUGAUCAGUUAUAUGAUACAGCAGAUGUUAUUUUAUUAGAAGUUAUUCAUUUGUUUAAAAAGUUAUAUAUUCCUCAUGUUUUUGAUGAUUCCUAUUUGUUAAUAAAUGAUGAAGAUAAAGACGACGACGAUGAAAACAACGAUGAAAACAAUGACAAAGAAAGUGAUGAGGAGGAUGAUCAUGGUGAUGAUCACAAUGAUUAUAAUAUCAAUUCAAAUUUGAAGGAGGAGGAAAAGUACAAGUACAACUAUAAUGAUCCUAUAUAUGAUGAGAAUAAAAAUAAUAAAGAAAAUAACCUUUUAGAUUAUAAAAAGAUAAAUAAUAUACAUAAUAUUACCUCGAAUGAAAGGUAUUCACAAAGUACAAAUCAUAUAUAUACACAGAAUAAUAAAAUAGGUGAUACAUAUAAAUAUAUAUCAAAUAAAAGUAAUAAUGUAAUACAUCAUAAGAAUGAAUAUAAAGAAUUAGGAGAAGAAUUAAAUUUAUUAAGUGAAGAUAUAAAUUUUAAACAGAAAAAAUUAAACGAAAAUAAUUAUAAUCAAUAUAAAAAUCAUGUAAUUAAAAUAUUGUUAAAUAUGCUUAGUAAAAACGUAAGUUAUAGUGUAUUAUAUGAAGGUGCAUGCUGUUUAUUAUAUAUGAGUACAUCUGCCUUAAGUAUAAAAACAGCUUGUGAAUGUUUUAUUAAAUUAUUAAUAAAUCAACAUGAUAAUAAUAUUAAAUUAAUUGUUAUCGAUAAGUUGUAUUAUAUUAUGUGUAAAUGGAAAAACAUAUUGGAAAAUUAUGCAAUGGAUUUAUUGAGAGCUUUAAAUUUCCCUUCACGUGACAUAAAAGUUAAAAUAUUAAAUUUGGUAUUGCAUGUGUUGACUAAGAGAAAUGUACACCUAGUAUUAAACGUAUUAAAAAAGGAAUUAUUAAAAUUGAAUGAUCAAGUGGUAUAUACCAAACAUAUUAUUACAACAACAAAUAAUAAUAAUAAUAAUACAAACAUGAAUAUGAGCAACAAUAAUAAUGAUAAUAAUGAUAAUAAUAACAACAACAAUAAUAACAACAACAACAACAACAAUAAUAAUAAUAGCAAUAAUAAUAGUAGCAAUAAUAAUAAUAACAAUUUGUCAACAAACUAUCAAGAAGUUACAAGCUAUAAAAAAAUUCUUAUAAAAUCACUUCAACAUAUUUGUAAUUUAUAUUCUAGUGAAUGUUUACAUAUCGUAGACCUUCUUCUUAUAUAUGUAAAUCAUAAUGAACAAGAUAUAAAUUAUGAAGCUGCUGUUUGUAUACGUAAACUAGUCAAAAAUAAUAACUUUCAAAAUAACAUACUUGAAAAAAUGAUAGAUUCCAUAUUCGAUAUUAAAAAAGCUACAAUCCUAAGAAUUUUUUUUUGGGUUAUAGGACAAUAUAUGUUUAACGAACAUAUGAUCAUAAAUUUUCUGAAUAAUUUAUAUGAUAAUUUAUCUCCUCUAUUAAAUAAUAGUUUAGAAAAUGAUAUGAUAAAUAAAAUACAAAAUGAAAGAUUUAAAAAAAAUGGAAAUAUUAAUUUUAAUUUAUCAAAUUCAAAUAUACAAACCAAAACAGUCAUAUUAGAAGAUGGCACAUAUGCUACUGAAGCAUUUUUAAAAAAUCAAAAUAUAUGUAAUAAAAAUAAUGAUAAAAAUAAGGAAAAUACAUUUGUAUAUAAUAUUUUAUAUGAAAAUGAUGAUAUACUUUUAUCUGUUAUUUGUGUAUCUUUAACAAAAUUAUAUUUAAAAUUAUUAUCAAAGAUGAAUAAUUCAUUUGAUUUCAUUUUAAAUCAAAAUGAAAUUAUUUGUUCAAAAGAAAAAAAAGAAAUGAAACAUUCCUUAAUAAAGCAUGAACAUUUUCUUAAUCAUGUUACAAAUAAUAAUACAUUAGACACGGAAGAGUGUGUUAUAUCAAAGGAUCCAAAUAGGAUUUCAACAAAUUCAGAGAACAAGAUAACAGAACAUGAUAUUAAUGAGUAUAGAAAUAAGUGUAUUUAUAUUUUGGCUAGUAUUAUUAAAUAUAUAGGAGAAAAAAAUUCGAAACCUGAUAGUAAUAAUAUAUAUGAAUAUGAUAGUAACGUUAUAAGGAUAAAUCAAUGCUUGAAGAUUUUUUUCUAUUUGACAGCUAACAAAAAAGAAUUAGAUGAACAAAGUAAAAAGUUGAUAAAAAUAUUUAUAGAUGGAGAUUAUUAUUAUAACAAAUUUUUAGAAAAGGAAGAAGAGAAGUAUUGUAGUAUAUAUGGUUCGAAUUAUAAAUAUAUGAAAAGAAAUAACAUGUAUGCAAAUAAGACAAAUGGUGGUAAUAAAACAUUUGAUGGUAAUAACACAUUUGAUGGUAAUAACACAUUUGAUGGUAACAACACAUUUGAUGGUAACAACAUAUUGGAGAAGAGCACAUAUUCAAGGAAUAAAUUAUUUUUAAAUGAUCAAGGAGAAAAGGAAAAUGUCGAUGAUGAUAUAUAUUUCAGAGUAUUAAAAGAAAAGAAAAAUAUAUUAAAUAUGUUAGAUGAAGAGACAUCAUCUGUAUGUAUUAAUGAGAAUUUAGAAAAAUUAAAAUUAAAAUAUACAUUAAAUAAUGAUAUGUUGUUUGAAGAAAAUGAAUUUCAAUAUCCAUCUAUAAAAUAUAAUUAUUCUUCCUUAUUUCUAGCCAAGUUAUAUAAUUCACAAAUUUUAACAGGAACAGAUGAUGAUAUUUUUAUAGAAGCAUUACCAAUAAUAUCAAAUGUUAAUUUAAUAAUUGAAAUUUAUGUAUAUAAUCAAUCCAAUGUAUAUUUACAAAAUAUCUAUAUUAAUUUAUCAACACAUGGAAAUUUAAAACCUAUCGAUAAAAUACCAGAAUUUAAUUUAGCGCCGAAUGAAAAAAAAAAAUUUAAAAUAAGUGUAAAAGUACAUACCACAGAAGCUGGAAUUAUAUUCGGAUAUGUAUUUUAUGAAAGAAAAAAUGACAAUCAUAAAAAUUAUAUUGUUUUAAAUGAAUUACAUAUUAAUAUGACUGAUUAUAUAAACGCCUCCUUUAUAUCUUCUCAUUUGUUUCGUAUUAUGUGGUCUGAGUUUGAAUGGGAAAAUAAAAUUAAUAUCCAUACAUCCAUAAGGGAUGCAUUUGAAUUACUCAAACUAAUUAUAAAAAAUACCAAUAUGACGAUUGUUGAGAGAUUUAUGCCUCUUGAAUAUUACGAUAUGGAAAUAAAAAAUAACGUAAACCAAGUAAACAUAAGCCCUAUAGAUAUAUACAUUUCUUAUAUUUCGACCUUGGAAGAUUUAAAAUGCUUAGUUAAUAAUUCGGCAUUUUUCUCGGUUAAUUUGUUUUCAAGAAGUAUAUUUGGAGAAGAUUCGCUAGCUAACCUGUCUGUUCAGAAAAGUGCCGACGGAAAAUUGUCUGGUAGCAUAAGAGUUCGUAGCAGAACACAAGGUAUCGCUCUUAGUUUAGGAGAUAAAUUAACACUCCUUCAAACGGGAAUAAAUGCAGACAUGUAA